UGUAUGUAUAACAAGCUAACGUUUUGGCCAGUGAAUCACAUGAUGUCCAAUGUUGCUACCAUGGCAACUGCUAACAAAUCACGUGACCAGAAAGGUUGCUAACACCCCUCUUCUUCGGCUGUUGAAUCAUCAUCAUCACCGGCCAUAUCUCCAUGGAUACUGGAUGUUCCCCUGUUGUCGUGGAAACAGUAGUCACUUUCAAGGGACGCAGCUACUCAAAAUUCUCUUUCAGUGCAUGUGGUAAGAGAAAGAGAUACGUGCUGUUAAUUUCUUCCACACUUGAUCUCUCUUUCUUUUUUCACAGACUGAGUUUGACACAGAAGGAAACUACCAUUCUAAAGUUGCUCGGAAAUCAGAAGUGCUUUUUCGCCACGAGAUCCAGCCUCGCGACAUCCGUUUUUCCACCUUCUCUUCACUCGUCGUCCGAGCCAACAGCAUUAUACUUCGACUAAAGCACAUGAAGGCAAUUAUAAAUAGCGACUCUCUCGUUUUGCUGGACUCCAACCACCGUUCAGUUAAAGAGUUUCUGCCUGAACUGAAACUGAAGAUAACAUCGUGUAAAGAUGAUUCUCCAUUUGAGUUUGUCGUCCUCGAGGCUAUGCUAAUGGAAAUGUUUUCAUCACUUGAUGACAGACUGGCUGAGUUGGGACAAGCAGCUGAAGAUGUCCUGCAUCGCCUCCUAGACCCUCAACUGUUCUCCGUAGACAGGGGUGAGCUACACAUCCUCCUACAGCACAGCAAAAGCCUGUCAGAGUUCCACUCGAUAGUCAAAGACAUUGAGGCCACACUGACCGACGUUCUCGACAGCGAAGAAGACAUGGCUGACAUGUACCUCACCCACUUUGCCGACACAGGGGAAUAUAGAGAUGAGGAAGAUAUCGAAGACAUCAACAACAUUCUAGAAGCAUAUCUAAUGCAGGCAGAGAACAUGAUGAGCGAGGUUCAAACUCUGCGGGACUCGAUCGACCAAUCAGAGAGCAUCAUUCUCAUCAACCUGGACAGCCAGAGAAACGUGAUGAUGCGACUGUCUCUGCAGCUAGAGAUGGGGGUCUUCUCGGCCACCAUCUCCGGGCUCAUCGGCAUGGCUUUUGGAAUGAAUCUAGACUCUUCACUGGAAGAGAAUCCGUACGCAUUCUGGGUGACCACUGGGUGCAUGAUGAUGCUCUGUGGGUUGCUAUGGAAACGACUACUGAGCAUCCUAUUCUCGUCGCUAACCCGAAGCCCGCCGCCACGGAGACUGACUCCGCCUACUUCCUCUCGCAGUCGUGGCCGAUGACAACAUCAACCAACGACCAUCAACUCAAAGCCUCAAAUCUCUAUAUAUCAUUCCUUCUCAGUAUUAUUGUUGUGCAGCAUGAUUCUCCAAUAAAGCAGCUAAACCUAAUUAACCACUGUGGAACGCCUCUUUACACUUAUGUGCCUACAAGA